UGGAAUACAUUUAUUGUAUCACUGAAAUUUGUUAUUUUUGACUGUUUUCAGUGGCAGGGUGAACACACUGUGUCCAGUAAACCUGAAGCAGCAUUUGCAAUAGCUGCAGUCAUUGAGGCUCUAUGGGCAGAUUUUCCAGACUUUGGAGAACUUAUUUUAGGGCACUUUUAUAGAGAAUGUCCUUACCUUGUUCCCAUAUUCAUGCCACAGGUGGAAGGUCAGUCCAAUGAGGACUAUUACAGGUUACUGGGUUAUCAUUACAAUGAAAAUGGUGAGGUGGAGAAACAAGACAAAUUUCUAAAGCGUAUGUCUGGAAUAAUGCGAUUGUAUACUGCAGUGCUAGUAACGCGACCAUGUAGAUACCAGCAGAACAAGAGUCAUCCCCAUGGACUUAAACAUGCUUGGCACUGGAUCUCAUGUAUACUCAACAUGGAUCCAAGACCUGACAUCUGUGCAACUUUGCUGUAUGAUUUUCUGGAAGUAGCAGGCAGUGCCAUGUACUCUCAUUAUGGACGGCAGUUUCAGAAACUUCUGCAUCUUAUUUGCAAAGAAUAUUUCCCAAAAAUUGAAAAGGUGACUCCAUCAGUUUCAAGUGGACCCGUGUGUCGACUUCAAGCCCUUUUGCAGAAGAUUUUAAAGCAAGGACAUAUUCCUCCUCCGGCUGGUUUAUUGCCAUCUGAUUUCUGGUGAUGUGUCACAUCAAGCAAUAUUUAUUUUUGUUAGUACUGACAUUGUGACAUAUUGACCAGUACAGAGUUAAUUUCUUGUACAGUGGUAAUAUGAUUUUUAAACAGACAUGUAACCCGGAUGAUAUAUUGAACACCUGUGGAUGUGCUUGAGAAUCUUGUGUUUAAGAAAUUAUGAA